AUGUCAUUAUCUGGAGCAAAAAAGAGUCCAUUAACUGCUGUACCUUACCUGAAAAAACGCUUACGACGAGCUACGGCUUUCGGUUUUUAUAAUCUGACUGUUGAUGAAUUCAAUUUCACCGUACAUUUUACCUUGCAUCGCAACGAAAAGACUAUCGCAUUUUAUACUAGUGAAGCAAUUGAGAAUCAAAGGAGUCCCGAAUGGUCUUAUUUAAAAAUACCACCCAGUGUGCAAUGUCUACAGGAUGUUUUCAUGCGUGUAUGGAUUACAUCUUCUAAUCAUUGCCGUUUAUUUCUUGAAUACGACAUACAUCUUGACAAUUCACUUAUACCAGAUGAACAAAAAGCUUCAGUGAACAAAGGAAACAACACACUAUGGCUUGAAAUAUUUGGUUAUCGAUUUACUGAUAAUAAUGGUGAAGAUUUCACUCUGAUUAAUAGUGAAGAUAUCGGGUCUAGUGAUAGGAAGAAACGGAAUUUUACAACAAAAUCUUACAAUAAAUUAAGUAUCAUACGAAUGAAUAAUGCAAUCCAUGCUAUUCGUAAAGAUCGGCAAUCGUCAGCUACCUAUCUCGAACGAUUACAAACAUUCUUCGAUGAACAUGAGGACUAUCUAUCUAAAAUUAAAGAACGCGAAUCACGUCGAUUACGAAUGGAGAAUUUAAAGAAAUAUAUUCAUUCUCGAACGUAUGUUUAUCAACAGCAGAUCAAUUCCAAUCAACAGAAACAGAGAACGCUCGAACAGAGAAGAAACGAAUUGAAUCACAAUUUAACGAGACUAUUAGUCCAAAAAGAAGAGAUCCAGUCAUAUCAGAAGUAUCUAAAUCAAUCUAGGUCGAUUCUCCGAAAAAUCACGCAAAUAAUUGCAUACCGACAAAGAGAAAUCAUGGAUGAAAUAUAUCGUUAUAUUUAUCCUAUUCAUUGUGACGCACAGAAAGAAUAUUCUAUAGCAGACAGACGAUUACCACAAGCGGAUGACAAAGUCUAUCAAUCUGCAUCGAGUCGAGAUCGUGAUCACGAAAUAGCCGCAGCUGUGGGAUAUUGCUCUCAUUUUGUUCUGAUUAUCGCACAAUUUAUUCAUCUACCAUUGAGAUUUCCGAUCGAUUAUCACGGAAUACCAGCCAUUAAGAUCUAUGAUUACACUCUAGAAACAAGCGAAUUUCCUUUAUAUCCAACGUCUAAUCUCAGUGCAUUUCGAUACGGUUUUUACCUGCUCAAUCGUAAUAUCGGUCAAAUAAUGUAUCACUGCCGAACAGGCGACCGUAAUACGGACUUCCGAAAUACAUUAGAAAAUCUAAGACAGAUUAUUGAAAACUAUUUCAUCAAUGCAUCGAACACGAACCAUCAUCAUUCCAAUGGUUUGGUCGUAAGUCCUACAACUAACACUAAGCCUUCUCACACUUCUUCGCUUUUCUUAAUUCAACUCUAUCCAGCACUUCAGACGUCAACAGAUGAAGAACCUACGGACACUAAACGGCAUUCACGAGAUUCGUCGAUAGCCUAUUCUUCCUUUUCGUCGACUUCAUCUCUAAUCGAGAAUGAUGAUUUCAAUCAAAAUGACGACAUGGACCUAUUUCCACAUUUGAAUACCAUGAAGCCACGAUUAGCCAUGCAGAUUUCCCAUCAAUUACAAUAUUGA